UUUUCAUUCUUAUUAAUUGUCGUUCGUUUACUGUUUAGUUUUAGUGUACAAUACCAUACAUCGCUGAAUAAAGUUUUCCAAAUUUUGAUAAUUUAGAUAAUAAAUAAUGGAAAUUACAUAGCUACUAGUCUUCUAUUACAUGUACAAACGUCAAAUAUUAUGACGUUUAUUUUCAAUAUUUGAUGUGUACAAAACAAAUAUUAAUCUAAAAUUUUUAAGUUAUACCAGACUGUCAGACUACAAAAAUAAUAACAGACAAUAAUUAUUUAAAACAAAAUGUAUCCAACGCCGUGGACUACUUCAGUUCCACCGCCUACAUCUAUUAAGCCUAUAGUUAACAGUUAUGAAAACAAUAUGCAGACUUAUCCAUUUUUUGGUGCAAAUACUAUGCAAAAUAUUUCUAUGAAUCAACCACUUCAACCAAAUGCAAUAGAUCCUGCUAUGGUGCAAAAAUGGCAAGAAUGGAAAAGAUGGGAGGUAUGGCAACAACAAUUUCAACAAUGGCAACAACAGACUGGACAAAUUUCUUCUGCAACCACACAACCAGUGCCUCCUCCAAUGCCUCCAAGUCAAUCAUUACCACCGUCACAACCCCCUCCAAUCGCAUUUCAAAAUCAACACUAUUCUUAUCAUCAACCAGGACCACCCUUACCACUAUCUAAUCAAUCUCAACAAAACACAAUAAAUAAUGAAGUUGGAAUGAAACGAGGAUUAGAACCUGAAUUUCAAAGUGAAAAAAAAAUAAAAAUUGAUAUAGGCAACAAUAAAAAAGAAAUUGAAUUAAGUGAUGAAACUGAAGCUUUAUUUGAGGAACAGUUUAAAUCAUGGGAAGAACAAUUUCUUAAGUGGAAAGAACAAAAUAAAAACCAUCCAGAUAAAGUUCAGUAUUUAGAGUAUGAAAAAAAAUGGAUAAAUUGGCGUGAUCAUUUAAAACAGAAGUGUGAAGUAUUAAAAAAAAAGAGGGAACUAAAAUUAAUUGAAAAGAAGAAAGAAGCUAUUCAAGUGGAAGAAAAUAAAUUACUACCCCAGCAAAUAUUAGGUUACAAUCCCAUGAUGUCAAAUGUUUCAAAUUUAACUAAUGAACCACCUCCAGGACCACCACCUCCAUUACAUCAAUCACAUAAUAAUUUAACACCACCUUCAAAAUCUGAAAAUCAAAUACCUGGAUUGGAUUUAGCUAGUAAUAAUGAAAAUUCAUCAAAGGGAUUUCUAAAUGUAUCAAGAAUUCUUCCACAAAAUCAAAUUAGACCAAUUCAAACACCAGAUGACAAGCCAUUUAAUUUUCCAAAAAGUAUUAUAAACCUUUCAACAUUAAACUCACAUCCAAUUAAUAUAUCUCAUGACAAAAUGAAUCAACCACCUAUAUCUAUGUACCAGAAUUCUUCUAAUUGGUCAAAGUAUAAUAAUCCUGGGACGUAUCAUAAUCAAUUACCACCAGAUGUUGAUAACAGCUCAAUAUCUAGCUUUAGUCAACAAACUGAUGUUGAUUCUCGACUACCAUAUGAUGGAGAUAAGCCUAAUUCAAAUUAUAAUAGUUCACAAAAUUCAUCUAGUAUUAAUUAUAGAAGACCAUUAUUGGAAGGAUCCUAUAAUAAACUAUCAAGCGAAACUAGUACACUGUGUAAUAAGCUCCCUGAUGAUCAAUCAUAUAACAGAAAUUUUAACUCACCAUCAAGUAACUUCCACGGUUAUAACCAAACAAAGGGAAAUGUCUCCGACUUUAACAAUUUCAGCAGAUUGCCAGAAAAAUCUAACACUCCUUAUCAACAAUCAAAACCAUGUUUGAACACAACACCUUCAAAGCCACCUUCUUUGUUGAGCCUGAACUUAGUUAAACCCAUUUCAUUAGAUAACACAGGAAACUUCUUGGAAACCAAGAAUGAUGCACCAGAUAGAUAUGAAAGAAACUGGAAUAUUGCUGACGAAGAAGAUGAUCCAGAAAAUGAAUAUAUGGAGGCACAUAAAAAAUUUAGUUCAGAACCAUUUGAUGAUCAACAUGAUGAAGAUGAACAGUUUUCAAAUAAACAACACAGAAAUAUGUAUAAUGAAAAUCAUUAUUCUAGAGAAAAAUCAGAUACAAAACAUUUUAAUAAUGAUUACUUACGUCAAUCAAGAGAAUCCCAAAUCAUGAGAAAUACUGAAAAUAAAUAUAUCCUACCAAAUUCCCAAUUUUCUAGGAAUAUUAAUCAAAGUUAUUCUCAAGAAAUGCCAACAUUAAAAAAUAAUGAAGAUGAUUACUUUAAAACUCAAAAUAAUACAAGAAAUACAGAUCAAAGAUUUUCCACGGGAACAUCACUUUCAAAUAAUAAUGUUGAAGAGUAUUCAAAUAAACCCAUUAUUGAUGAAAAUAAUUUUGUUUCGCAAAAAGGUAAUUAUGAACUAAAUAAAAGUGGGCCACCUUCAAGAGAAAAUUAUGAAUCAUCUCAAGAUAGGCCUCUCUCAAUAGGAAAUUUUGAAUCAUCUAGAGGUGGACUGUCCUCAAGAGGCAAUUUUGACUCCUUUAGAGGUAGGCCAUCCUCAAGAGGAAAUUAUGACUCAUUUAGAGGUGGGCCGCCUUCAAGAGGUAAUUAUAAUUCUUCUAGAGGGGUACCUUUCUCAAGGGGAAAUUUUAAUUCAUUCAGAGAUGGACCACUUUCAAGAGGACAUUUCGGUAACAAUACCAAUAAACCCAAUAUAGAAUGGGAUGACAACUAUACUAAAAGUGAAGAACCAAUUAAAGAUUUAAUAGUUCCACUUCCUACUACAAAGCAACUAUAUGAAGAAGCACAGCCAAUCGAUCCAGUUAAAAUAUUUGAUUAUCGACAUUUACCUACAUUAAAAGUAAUUCCAGGGUUAUCAAUGGAAACUGUGGUUCCCAUUAGAAUUUAUGAUUAUAAACAUGGAGGUAAACGCAUACUACCAUGGCAAGAUAGAGGUUAUAGCAGAAGAAAUUCAAAUCGUACAAGGGAUUUAAUUGAACAAGAAGAUUCUAUCCAAGAUCAUACUGAUGAUGAUUUAAAUAAAAAUAAAGAAACAUUAGUUAUGAACCCAACAGUGAGCGUAAAUGAUAUUUCUUCAGAUAAAGUAGAAUCAAAUGUUGAUAAUAAAAAAGAUGAUGAAAUUAUUGAAGAAACAUCUAUUACAAUAGAUACUACAACAAUUUUGGAUGAUGAGGAGGAUAAGGAAAAAGAACUGCAGCCUAAUAUUGAAAUUAUUGAUAUAUGUGCGCCAUCUCCACCUAAAGUGUCUAAGGUCAAUGAAAUAGAAAAAUCAUCUAAUCGACAGUUAUUAACCAUUGAGACAUUAUUAUGUCCACCUGGUCGACUUAAUAGACCAUCUAAAAUAGUUAUAAUACUAAGAGGUUUACCUGGCUCAGGAAAAUCACACGUUGCAAAACUAAUCAAAGAGAAAGAACUAGCAAUGGGAGGUCAAGCUCCUAGAAUAUUAUCAUUAGAUGAUUAUUUCAUGACAGAAGUUACAAAAAUUGAAAUUGAUCCAGAAACCAAUAAAAAAGUAGAAAGAAAGGUUAUGGAAUAUGAACAUGAUUCUGCCAAUGAAAAUUUAUACCGAACGUCCUUUAUAAAAGCAUUUAAAAAAAAAAUUUUGGAAAAUUAUUUUUCAUUUUAUAUUAUUGAUGCCAUUAAUAAUAAAGUGUCAUAUUAUAAAGAAAUAAUAGAGAUUUCCCGAAUGAAUGGGUUUACUGUCUAUAUUAUUGAAUUAGAAUCUGAUAUUGAUUUGUGUAUCAAACAUAAUAUUCAUAAUAGAACAGCUCAUGAUAUUAAUAGUAUAAUGAGAUCUUGGGUUAAAACACCUUCUGAUCAAAUACUGUUGGAUAUAAGGUCAUUACUUUCACCUUCAGAAAACGAGAUGGAAAUGGAAGAUGUCUCAGAUAUUGAAAUGGAAGUGGAUAAAGGCGAUGAGGCCAUUGACGACAGAAGUUCUGAAGAAAAUAGAAAUAUUGAAUUUGAAGAAGAGGACGUCAUGAAAUUAUUGUCUUGCAAAUGGACUGAUACUAUUCCACAAGAAGAAAAGAUGAAAAGAUUGGAUGGUCUAUGCAAGAAAAAACCAGAAAGCUCAAUUAAAGAAUGGCUGCAAAUACCUGAAGAUAAUGAUUCCGUUAGUGAACUAGUAGUCGUAAAUGAUGGAAAAAAAAGGGUUCGUUGGGCUGAUAUGGAAGAACGGCGCGAACAGGAAAAAAUGCGUGCUAUAGGCUUUGUUGUUGGGCAAACAGAUUGGAAUCGGAUGUUAGGCCGGGAUCAAGGUGAAAGCAAGUUAACACAAACAAAAUAUAUAUAAUCAAUUCAUUAUGUAAAUAUUUUAAUGUGUUUAACUUUUUAAACAAAAUUUAUUUUUAUUAUUUUUAAAUGUAUGUAUUUUAUUGUUUAUAACUAAAAAAAAAAUUAUUUAAGACCUAAUUGUAUGCCUUUGUUAAACUACUUUUAUUUGGUAUACUGAAUACAAUAGUAUAUAUAAAAAUAUAUAUUACAUACUUUAUAUUAUAUUCGUUUGAGUUGUAACAAUACUAUAAAAUAAAGAAAUCAAGAAAUCAAACAAUGGAUUAAAUUUAAUCACCUUAUAACUUAACACCAUUUUUUGUUUUGUUUCAGAAAAAGAUUAUUGAAAAAUAUUUGGGACCAGACGAGUUCAAAGCUUGUCGCUGGGUGAAUAAGAUAAUCUUGACGGACUUUCGAACAUCUCCAGCACAAUAACUACAUAUUAUUUUUAUGCGUUACACUUGCGCAGGUGUAUGCAAUUUUAAGAGUCAACAGCCAUGACUGUAAAGUAUGCCGAACGGUGUCUUCUCAAUUAUGUUCCCAAUUAUAAUAAUAGUCUUAUUAUAAACCGUUAGCUUUAUAUUUUUUUUCAGCUAAAUUUUAAUUGUACCGACUUAGUUUGUGAAUAUGUUUAUUUCUUGACAAUUUGUGUUAUUAUUAUUUAAGUAAAAAAAUAUUUCAUUUCGUAA